AUGCGCGUGGCCAUACUCAUCGCCUGUGUGAUGUGCAAUCUGCAACAACGCUUGUCUCUCAGGACGGGCGACAAAAUUUUUGAUUUUCUCGCACGCGACCAAGCAUUUCCAGCAGCGAGAAUGCGGGGAAUUGAUAAGAAUCUCGCUCGUCGAGGAAAUUUGUGCGUCCACAAGCCUGGGACCAGUGGGUCCCAGAGGCAGGUGAAAGUUGGUUUAGAGUCCGGGAUCAGUAGGUCCCAGAGUUGGGGACGAGAUGAUUCCAGAAUAAUGAGGGACCAGAAAGUCCUCGAGUCUGGGACCAGUGGGUCCCUGAGUCACUGUCGCCAUUGUGGCAUCAUGGUAUCUGGCUUGGCCUGCCAACCUGAUGGUUGUGGGUUCAAGUCCGGUAGCCAGGCAAAACAAUGGCGGCAGUGUUCCCAUAGCUCAUGUUAUGUGGCUCCCUCUCUCGGAGAUUUGCUACACAAUAUGGAGCUGCGUCCACCGCCACACCUCAGCGUGCAACAAACCCUCAAGUUCAUCCAGGCUGGCGACGGGUGGUCUAUAAACUGA